AUGGUGGACUACUAUGAAGUUCUAGGAGUGCAGAGAUAUGCGUCACUGGAGGACAUUAAAAGAGCUUACCGUAAAGUGGCACUUAAAUGGCAUCCUGAUAAAAAUCCAGAAAAUAAAGAAGAAGCAGAGCGAAAAUUCAAAGAAGUCGCCGAGGCAUAUGAAGUAUUAUCAAAUGGUGAAAAACGGAACAUUUAUGACAAAUACGGCAAAGAAGGAUUAAAUGGCAGAGGUGGAAGUCAUCUUGAUGAUGAUGAAUAUGAGUAUGGCUUCAUAUUCCGUAAGGCAGAUGACGUCUUCAAGGAAAUUUUUGGUGAAAGGGACCCAUUUUCAUUUCACUUCUUUGAAGACUCACUUGAGGACCUUUUGAGCAGUUCGAGAAGCUCUAGUGGAAGCAGAAGCAGAGGCACCGGAUCCCUUUUCUCCUGUUCGUAUGACCACCCAGUGUUUGCCAAGCUUUCUUCUUAUGACACAGGAUAUACGUCUUAUGUUUCACUGGGGCACGAGGGCCUUACUUCAUUCUCUUCCCUGGCAUCUGAUGACACUGGGAUGGGCAAUUACACACCCAUCACACCUUCAGGCAGAAUUGUUAAUGGAAGGAACAUCAGUACAAAGAAAACCUUUGAGAACUAUCAAGAAAGAGAAGCUGAAGAUGAUGGUGAGUUGAAAUCCUUUCUUCUAAAUAGUGUGGCAGAUGAAGAGGGCUUUUCAGAAAAACGACACUGGAGAAGACAGUCGCUCAACAACUAUUCACCAAAUUCCUACAGCCCCCCAAACAUAUCUCAAUAUACCAUUGUGGACAACAAUGAACAAGGUACACCUUGGGUCACCAGCAAGAAGGAGCCUUCCAUUUUCUCAGCAGGAUUCAAAGAAGGUGGUAGGAGAAAAAAGAAGAAACACAAAGAGGGGCAGAAGAAGAAGUCAAACAAAAAGAAUCACUAA